UCCGGUGGAGGGGGAUUAAACUUACAGCCGGCCGCAAAGUAACAGCAAAGCCAGUGCGCUGCUUAUAUUUUCAGCAAGCGGUUCGUAUGAGAAGGCUGAGGCUGUGUAGACGCGAUAGAAGUUCCUACUGGUGCUCAAAACACGCAUGUUUUUCUUCGUGUCUUGUCUGGCAUGCGAUUGUGAGCGCUGUGUGUCGCAUUUCAGUUGUCUGCUUUCUGUUUGUCCAGGAGGAGCCGAGGUUAGGAUCGACUCCUUUAGCCAUGUUAGCUGCAACAUGUAACAAAAUAGGGAGUCCGAGCCCUUCACCGUCCACUAUUUCGGAUAAUUCCUCUUCAUUUGGAAAAGGCUUCCACCCGUGGAAAAGAGCCGCUGCGAGCAGCUGCAGCCUCGGAUCCGGCCUGUCCGGUUUCGGGGUGUCCCGUAAUGGAUCCGGCAUCUCGGACUCUUUCGGCACCAACAGCUCCACGGGAUCCAGUGCUUUUUCCCUCACGUCUGGUACCUCGUCUAGUUCACACUUUGGAAACGACUAUUCUGUGUUCCAAGCCUCCGUUUCGAGCAGCUCCCAAGAGUCCAGCCACCAGCCGGUUUUCAUCUCCAAGGUGCACACCUCAGUGGACAGUUUGCAGGGCAUCUAUCCGAGGAUGAGCGUGGCGCAUCCCUACGAGUCCUGGUUCAAAUCGUCUCAUCCCGGCAUCCCCACAGGAGAGGUCGGGACCACCGGAGCCUCUGCGUGGUGGGAUGUGGGAGCGGGAUGGAUUGAUGUUCAAAACCCUAAUGGAGCAGCACUACAAACGUCCUUACAUUCCGGUGGACUCCAGACCUCCUUGCACUCUCCUCUGGGCGGAUAUAAUUCUGAUUACUCGAGUUUAAGUCACUCUGCUUUCAGUACAAGUCCCUCUCCACACCUGUUGACAACCGGCCAGCACCUGAUGGACGGUUUCAAGCCGGUGUUAAGCUCAUAUCCGGACACAAGCCCCUCUCCAUUAACCGGGGCAGGGGGGACUAUGCUCUCCGGGGGUCCACCUGCAUCUUUAGCGGGGUCUCCGAGGUCAUCUGCCCGCCGGUACUCGGGCAGAGCCACCUGCGACUGUCCAAACUGCCAGGAGGCGGAGAGACUGGGACCGGCGGGCGCCAGCCUGCGGAGAAAGGGUCUCCACAGCUGUCACAUCCCCGGCUGUGGGAAGGUUUACGGGAAAACGUCGCACCUAAAGGCGCAUUUGAGGUGGCACACCGGCGAGAGGCCGUUUGUGUGCAACUGGCUCUUUUGCGGGAAGAGGUUCACGCGCUCCGACGAGCUCCAGCGACACUUACGCACACACACCGGAGAGAAAAGAUUCGCCUGUCCGGUGUGCAACAAGAGAUUUAUGCGGAGCGAUCACCUGAGUAAACAUGUAAAAACUCACAGCGCCGGAGGAUCCGCCGGCUCUGGCUCCGGGGGCAGCGGAGGGAAGAGGGGGAGCGAUACCGACAGCGAGCACAGCGCGCCGGGAAGCCCUCCGUGCCAUUCCCCCGACCUGUUGCACCCACCUGAGUCAACCCAGGGAGUAGGCAUGAACGGCCUCUAAAACUCCUACUCAGUGAAGUAAAAACUGUACAACAGCAAAGUGUCGUGGAGGAGUUGUCCGAGAGGACAUGAAAGUGGACAUACUUUGGUGUAUGCCAAAUGUUUCAUCCUGAGUGUUGUCAUUUAAUGAGAAAAUAGGCCUAUGCGUUUCUUUGACUUUUUCCAAGUGUUUAAGACUACUAAUUGCAUAAUUUCAUAGCUGUACCAUCAGAAACUUCUCAUUAAUACAUAUGCGGUGUGAAAGUGUAAACAAGUUAUCGUGGGCACACUGGGACAGGGCACAACUCAAACUUUUUUUGCAGCCUGAUCCUGACAACUCUUGAUGUUUUAUUUCCCAGGGUAUGAGACACAAAAGAUAGAAAACACUGCUGUGAAAAAAUUAGGGCCUGCAAAGUUGUGUUACUGCUGUCAUUCAUAUUGUUCAAAACCAAACUCUGGCACUUUAUUAUCGAGCAGGAGAAAUUGUUUUUGUCCCCGUGGAUGGACUGCUCGGUAGGGACAAAUAGCCUACCUGUAGAGUAUGGUAAGAUAUGGGAUGGGGUGGUUUUUCAUUAUAUAUCUGUCUGAUCCCAUCAACCGUUUGAUAAUGGAGGAGCAGUUGUAGGUUUAUAUCACAUAUUGCUAUUCACUCCACAGCCUACAGUUUGUGCUCCAAGUUUGUAAGUAGGCCAUUCGAGGUCACUUCACUUCGCUGCAAAAUGUGUUGUAUAUAAUGAGAAAUGUAGGUUAGAAUAAUUACAGCCCAAUGUAAAGGUGAGUAAUGUAUUUGUCCAGGAGACGAUUUUGUAUAGGUAUUUCUAGUUGUAUAUGGACUCUAGUAAAUAUUUGAAAAUAUACGGAAAUGUACUUGGAUUUUUCUUUGACAUGAUAUGAAAUGUAUUGUGGGGAGUUAUAUUUAACCACGAGUUUUCUUGUAUUUAGGGGUCUAUCAUUAGGCGCACUUUGAAUUUAUUUGUAAGGUUUUGAAAUCAUUUACUGUUUACCCACUCAUUUAAUUUAAGUAAGCAUGUUGUAAAGUGAUUUUAAUUUUACAAUGAUAUUUUUUUUCUCUCCGAGAAUGGCUUUUUAUGUAAGCCACUCAAUAAAGUCAGUAUGAAUUCAGAAGCAGUUGAUCGACUCAGUUUGUUUGAUUGUUGAGUCGAUAAAAUCUAUUUUUCACCGGCAGACCAGAAAGUUUGCAAUCAUAGUUGCCUAGAAUUUAUCAUUUUAUAUUAUAUGAUAUUAUGUAUUUCUUUCACUAAUGUGAGAUAUUGUAGAUACUGAGUUUCAUGAUUUCCGUGUACAGCUGGUUUUUACAGGUUCUCCAGGCCAAGGUGGGAAAAGGGGCCUGUAGCAACAUCAGGGCCUGACCCAGAAAUUAAUUUACAUUUCAAUCACAGAAUUGCGCAAUUAAAUAGGGCAUCUGUUAAAUAAAAAAGAAAAAAAGGAAAAAGGACAAAGUCAGUGUUUUAGGAAUUUAAAUUCAGGUAAAUCACAUUAUUCUCGCCAUAUGUCUGUUUUCUUAUUGAGCGUGAAAAUGAAACCUCAAAUUUCUCUGAGGCCGAAGUGACCACAGAUCAAACUACACGCGUUAACUGCUUUAUUCAUCUUUCAUUACUGUGUGGUAAAUAUCACCUAGUUCACGGUCUUUUAAAAGGAACAUACUACAAUUUAAAUUUUUGAUUCUGAUUUUAUCUUUUUUUUAUCUUUUUUUUUGGUUACAAAAUUAAGAAAAAAAACUUUAUCUUGAAGUGCUUAUCUUUGUGAUCAAACUUGGAUGCGCUCACCGGACAUUCUUCUAAAACACACUCGAUUUUUGUUCAGUUUAAAUUGUGCUGUUAAUAAAUGCGGAGCGGGUUUGUUUUAAUAUCUUAAUGCUUAUAUUAUUGACAACAGUUUAUAAAUAUUUAAAUAUAGUGAAAUAAACACAAUUUAACAAAAACGGAUUUUGUGGCGAGGAGUCCUGUUCCCUCUUAGGCUGGGCUCAGUCUGACUUGAUCUGAAGUUAUAGAUUAAAUAACUUUCCAAUUAUUGAAAUUCAAAAUAAUCAUUAGGUU